GUGUAUCCACCUCCAGUGUUUACCCCGCCGGAGAUGGCAGCCCUUCGCCUGGAGGCACAGAGAGUGCUUGGGGCUGAACGCACUGCCCGUGGUCUUGGUGACGGUCAGGCUGCUGCGCCAGUGGGCUUGGCUGGUACAUUGGUUGCGGGUACAUUGUAUUGGGUGGCAGCAGAGCGUUGUCGUGGCAUCAAAUUCGGGGAUGUUGUCCAGCAUGUAGGUGCAGUUCAGGUCGAUGGUGCAAAGGCUGUGCAUGUGCUCCCGGAUGGAAGCUCCAUUUUUGUGCAAUGCGUUGACGGUGGACAUCACAAAAAGUUCUUACAGAAGGCAGCGGACAAUGAUCCUCGCAUUGUUGGGCAGGAGUAUGAUGCUCUUGGAAAGCCGGACUCUUCACUCAAGGAUGUCUCCUCGAAGUUUGAGGAGGUGUCCACUGAGUGGAAUUUGACUGGACCUCGUACAAGUCGUUGGUGCAUCUCAUACUUGGUUGUCGAGGGGCUUGGUUUCGAAAGACACCACGAACGCUUCAGACAGCUAUGCAAGAUAGAGUCAUCAGCGUGGGGCGUUCAAGAGCAUUAUCAGUUGAGCAUGAUAGCAAAGCAUGCCCUACAGACAGAUCAGCUGGAUGGGUACAAUAAUCUGUGCCUGGAGGUUGUCUUCCGUAGGAUUCAGACCAUAGAGUAUGCCUAUGCGGAGAGGGCUCGAGAGAUCGAGUCGAAGGCUGUCGGUGGGAGAUUGUCGCUGGAAGAACAGAGUACUUUUGGAGGCAUCACUCGUCAGGCUUCGACUCUCAUGAUCUGUCCUCAACUUCUGGACCACGUGAACGCCGAGGUUGAACGUGACGCCAACCUGGCCAAGAACCUCAGGAAGGCUCGAGAAGAGAGAGAGAGAGUUGGCCCGCAAGGGGCGUUGAAGAUGCUCCGGGCAGCCAACGGAUACGGUGAAGACCAGCCCGUGGGUUCGUUGGCCUCGUUCAAUAUCGAAGCUGUCUCCAUGCUGGAGGUUGGUUGGGUCCCUAUUGACCUGGGUACAUUGUGGGGCAGCGACGGUCAGCAGAAGGUGAACGAUUUUGUUUCGCAUCAGGUUCUGCCACCGGAGAAGGCGAAGGUCAAAUUGGAGGCUUGUGGUGUGAGAGCUCCCUAUUCUGAUCCUUUGUUGCGGCAGGGCCGAGUGUAUCGCCAGUUCUUGAGGAAAUUGCAUGAUUCACACUUGAUAGACUACAGUUUGUCCCCGGGCAAGGAGAGGAUAGCUUUCUUUUGUGUGACCAAAAAGUCUGGCAAGUUGAGGCUCAUUGUGGAUGCUCGCCGUUCAAACGCUCAUUUUGAGGAACACAGUCAUGUGUCUCUCACUACCGGAGACGGACUGGGAGCUUUGGAGUUUGAGAAGGAGGCACAGGUGACUUUGGCCCAGGCCGACUUGAAGGACGCCUUCUACCAUCUGGCCAUGCCAGUACAAUUGAGGGAUUACUUCACUCUCACGCCUGUGAAGGCGCGGGACGUUGGCGUCACCACCAUCGACGGGAGGCAUGUGGACCCGUGGGUGAGACUGACGCCUCGGUUGGCUGCGGUUGCAAUGGGCUGGACCUGGGCUCUUCAUCUUUGUCAGAGCAUUCAUGAAUCCUUAGCAGAAAAGGUGCAUGAAGAGGAAUGUGAGAAGGGCGGCAAGGUGCUGGGCUGGGAGUUGACAACCGAUGCUUUGUUCAUGCCCUCCAGGUCAAGAGCCUGGAAGGUGCGCAAGAGCUUGAAAAAGGAAGCCGGGACCACAAGGCCCGUGGCAUGCAAACCAAUACAGCAAGAGGAAAUGAGACUGGCAAACACUGCAACCAGUCGGAGUGCCAAAAAGAAGAUGAGGGCAGUCAAUCGCAUGGACGUGCGACCAGAUCCUCUAGAAGGCAUGACGUCACUGCAGUUGGCGUCAGUGUCCAAAGAGUGCCUAUCUCGUUACAAGCGUUGCUGGAGCUCGGUGAAACAGAAGUUGCUGACCUGCAAGGGAAAACUGAAGGCCACAACUACAGUGGACACUAUCCUGAGCCGAGAGCUGGACAACCUUUACCACGAUGGCGAGGAUGUGAGCGCGGGCGAGUAUUUGAUAGCAGCUGUUGUGUUUUUCAACAUUUGUUUGAAGUCGCCUGCAAUGCAAAAGCUGCCUCAGGUGAAGCAAUCCUUGAAGGGCUGGAGAAAGAUGGCCCCCCAGCGUUCCCGAUUGCCAGUUCCUUGGGAAGUGACCUCGCUUCUCAUUCAGAAGCCAAUCGACAAAGGACUGAUGGGCCUGGCGCUUCACAUGGGGCUGAUGUUCGCAUUGUAUUUGAGGCCAAGCGAAGGCCUGAGGCUGAGCGCCAGGGAUGUGGUCCCACCUGUCCUGAAGGGCCAGGGAAACUACAGGCAUUGGACAGUUGUCUUGCGUCCGGAGGGGGCAGGAGUAGCUUCAAAGACUGGAGUUCGACGAAUCACUGCAGUUAGACCUCAGUUAUCAUCAGGGCUUCGGCGAGGCUCUCAGAAGAUUUUGCAGCAACGGUCGGUUGAGCAAGAGCCAGUUGAUUUUCAAUCACGACAACGUCGAUCUGAACCAUUUUCUUCAGGAUCCAUCCAUACAGGUUCAGACAUGGCGGAGCUUCCCACGAUUUUGUGGGAAAUUUUAGAGAUCUAG